AUGGAUGAAGCCACCAAAAGAAAGUAUUGUCAUCUUUUGAUGUUUGACGUUUCUGAACAAAGUCAAGAAACAGCUCUAAAAAACAAUGUUACUGAUCAAGGUGAUAAUGUAAAACCUUGUCUCAAUAACUCCUCACGACAAACGGCAACAACCAUUGCCCCAUCGUCACUUGCAAACAAAUCCAUAAAGCAACGAAAACCUCGUGCAAGGAAACCUAAAAGAACACCUCGACCACCAAAUGCAUUCAUCUUAUAUCGAAAAGCCAAGCAACCCGACGUUAUCGCUCAUAGUAAAAAUUUAACAAAUGCUGAAGUAUCAAAGGUUAUUUCCAAGAUGUGGUGGAGAGAAACUGAAGAAGAAAGGUUUCAAUGGGAAAAACGAGCCGAUAGAAUGAAAUUAAAGCAUAUGCAAGAUUAUCCUGAUUACGUUUACCAACCAAAGAAACCUGGUACCAAAAAGCGAAAAUCCCAACGUGAUAAAUCCAUGAGUGAUGUGACUUCCGCAUCAACAUUCUCCGUCAUACCAUCAUCGGAAAAGAAUUCAACCACAUUACCCGAUGAAACCAUCGCCGCAAUUGCCGAAGUCGCCUUCAUCGCCGGAUCCAACAGGUCCAUGUCCCCGACAUCCGACAACCAUUCACUACCAUCUCCUCCAUCGUCCACCGACAGUCCGAUUUAUGAGACCUCUUAUGAUUCUCAUCCAAACUUAUCAGAAAACUUUGAUUCCUUCCUUGAUGCUCAACCCGUAGACAAAUUUUCCUAUUUCAUCGGCCAAGAUGCAUACGCCGCGUCGUCUUCUCAGUUUUCUUAUCCUUUCAACUGUUAUGAUGUUACAUCGGCUGACAAUUACGCCAAUUUAUCCAAUUCUACAGGUGAAACGAGCGUGUUACUCAAUGAAUUCCUUAACAAUGGUGCAACAAUUUCGCCACCAGCUCCUACGAUGAUCGAAGAUAUGCCAAACCUAUUUUGA